GUCGCUCGUGGCGGCAACAUCGUAUAGUGGUGUGCUAUAUCAAUUACAAUUUUCGCUUGUACAUAAAUACCUGGAAAGAUUCAUUUUAAAGUCUAUUUACCAUGGAUAUCUGGUCGAUAUUUUUAUCAAUAAUAAUCGGUGCUUUUGGCAUCUAUUAUCUUUUUCAACAUUUUAAUUUCUUUAAAAGACACAGUGUUAUUCACAUACCGUCUAUACCAAUACUCGGCAGUAUGUCAUCUCUUAUAUUUCAACUAUCUAUUAUCGAUUUUAUAAAGAAGAUAUACAACUUCAACACGGAUGCGAAAUACAUUGGAAUGUACGACAUGAUGAGUCCGGUGCUUUUACUACGUGACCCGGAACUUAUAAAAACUGUCCUACUCAAGAAUUUUCAAGUAUUUCCCAAUCGCCGCGGUUUAGGCGAUUUGAACGAUCCUUUAUUUUCGAAGAGUCUGUUCUCUCUUCAAGGAGAAAAGUGGCGGAAUGUGAGAAACUUGCUAAGUCCUUCUUUUACGUCCAGUAAAAUGAAGAAUAUGUUCAUUUUAAUGUCAGAAUGUGCGGCAGAUUUCGUUAAAUAUCUGUCAGAAUUACCAGUAAGUGAUAGCGAUACAAAUAUGAAAGACGCUUUUACUAAAUACACGACCGACGUCAUCGCCACUUGUGCUUUCGGGAUCAAGGUCGAUUCUAUGAAAGAUCCGGAGAACAAAUUUUAUGUGUAUGGCAAAGAAUUGACGAAUUUAACCGGUCUUCGUGCCCUCAGAUUUCUCUUUCUCAGAACAUUUCCAAAGCUCAGUAAUCUUCUCCGUAUGGAAAUUUUUGAAAAGAAAGUGUCCGACUUUUUCAGAGACAGUAUACAAACCACAAUUGCUACCCGUGAUGCCGAACACAUUACACGUCCGGAUAUGCUACAAUUGAUGAUGGAUGUAAGAGAUACAGAAGAUCGACGAGUAUUGGACAUAGAAGAAAUAGUCGCACAGGCGUUUGUAUUCUUCUUUGGUGGUUUCGAUCCAACCUCAACCACAAUGUGUUUCGCAGCCCACUCUCUCGCGAUGAAUUCCGAUGUCCAAAUUAAAUUACGACAAGAAAUCGACAAGGUGCUCGAAGAGUCGGGCGGAAAAGUAACCUAUGAAACAAUUAACCAUUUGGAAUAUUUAGAAGCGGUAAUAAACGAGACUCUCAGAAUGUACUCAGUAAUUCCUUUUUUGGAAAGAAUAUGCGAGACAGAUUACGAAUUACCGCCCGCAUUGCCAGGCGAGAAAUCUUUCGUCAUGAAGAAGGGUAUGAUUUUAUUUAUUCCAGUCGUCGCGAUCCAUUGUGAUGAAAAGUAUUACGAUAAUCCAGAAGAAUUUCGUCCGGAAAGAUUUUUUAACAAAACGUACCACAACUCUCUGUGUUAUUCGCCGUUUGGAGCAGGUCCGCGCAUGUGCAUCGGUAACAGAUUUGCCUUGCUUGAGAUUAAAGUGUUGCUGUUUUACUUAUUGGCGCGUUGCGAACUGAAACCUUGCGCGAAAACUGCGAUACCAAUGAAAUUGAAAAAAGGUGCGGUAAUAGCUCCAGAAAACGGAUUCUGGUUGAAUAUUCAACGAAGAAGCGAUAUGCAUCCUGCUCUCGAAUCUACAAUGAGCAAUGUUACGUUGACACUAUUAAUAACAAAAAUGGAUUUGUGGUCGAUAUUGUUAUCGAUAAUGAUUGGUGCUUUUGGCAUUUAUUAUCUCUUUCAAAAAUUUAAUUUUUUUAAAAGACACGAUAUUAUCCACAUACCGUCUGUACCGCUACUCGGCAGCAUGGCACCUUUUAUAUUUCGUCAAAUAUCUAUUAUCGAUUUCAUGAAGAAAAUGUACAACUUCAAUCCGGAUGCGAAAUACAUUGGAAUGUACGAAUCAACGAGUCCGGCGCUUGUGCUUCGUGAUCCUGAACUUAUAAAAACUGUCUUAGUCAAGAAUUUUCAAAUAUUUCCCAAUCGCCGCGGUUUUGCCGAUUUGAACGAUGUGUUAUUUGCAAAAAAUUUGUUCUCUCUUCAAGGAGAAAAAUGGCGAAAUGUGAGAAACUUGUUGAGUCCUUCUUUUACGUCCAGUAAAAUGAAGAACAUGUUCACCUUAAUGUCAGAAUGUGCGGCGGACUUCGUUAAUUAUCUGUCAGCAUUACCAGUGAGUGAUAGCGAUAUAAAUGUAAAAGACGCUUUUACUAAAUACACGAACGAUGUCAUCGCCACUUGUGCUUUCGGGAUCAAGAUUGAUUCUAUUAAGGAUCCGAAAAAUAAGUUUUACGUUUACGGCAAAAUGGUGACGAGCUUCACUGGUCUUCGCGGUCUCAGGUUUCUCUUUCUCAGAACAUUUCCAAAGCUCGGUAAUUUUCUUCGUGUGAAAAUUGUUGAUAAAAAAAUAUCAGACUUUUUCAUGGAUAGUAUACAAACCACAAUCGCUACCCGUGAUGCUGAACACAUUACACGUCCAGAUAUGCUACAGUUGAUGAUGGAUGUAAGAGACAAAGAAGGUCGACGAGUAUUGGACAUAGAAGAAAUGGUUGCACAGGCGUUUCAAUUUUUCUUUGGUGGCUUUGAUACAAGCGCGACCACAAUGUGUUUCGCAGCCCACUUGCUUGCGACUAAUACGAAUGUUCAAAUUAAAUUACGGCAAGAAAUCGACAAGGUGCUCGAUGAGUCGAGAGGAGAAGUAACUUACGAAACGAUCAACCAUCUGGAAUAUUUAGAAGCGGUAAUAAACGAGACGCUCAGAAUGUACGUACCGGUCCCCAUGUUGGAAAGAAUGUGCGAGGCAGAUUACGAAUUACCACCAGCAUUGCCGGGCAAGAAACCUUUCGUUAUAAAGAAAGGUAUGAUGCUGUUGAUUCCUAUCUUAGCGAUGCAUUAUGACGAAAAAUACUACGAUAAUCCAGAAGAAUUUCGUCCGGAAAGAUUUUUGAAUAAAACGUACCACAACUCUCCGUACUAUUUGCCAUUUGGGGCAGGUCCGCGUAUGUGCAUCGCUAACAGAUUUGCUUUGCUGGAGGUUAAAGUGUUAUUGUUUUACUUAUUAGCGCAUUGCGAACUGAAACCUUGUGCGAAGACAACAUUGCCUAUGAAAUUUAAGAAAGGUUUCGUAAUAGCUCCAGAAAACGGAUUCUGGCUAAAUAUUCAACGCAGAAGCGAUAUGCAUCCUGCUCUCGAAUCUAUAUUGAAUAAUGGUGUUAAGUCUUAAUAAAACUUUAUAAGCGAAAAAUAAAAUAUUAUUAAACUAAAAACAACAUUUAUAAAACAAAAAACUAAA